AUUGACGAGGUUUGUCCCUCGCCGGCUGCCAUUCUGGAUACCAUUUCCCCGUCUACCUCCUACACCCGAUUUUCCCCUUUAACUUUAUCAAGUUUCUGUCUAUAAAACACAGUGCCUUUGUGUAGCCGGGCUCUUUUAGUUUCUUGUUUAUUUGGCGCAUGUAGCCAGCACAAUGUUCACCACUACCGGGUCCAGAGGGCUGUAUAAAGCCCCAGUGUCGAAAAGCCUACUGCUGCUUCCCACUGCCUUCACUGUGCUGCUGCUUGUGGCUCUGCCUCAGUACCAGAAGCUGUUUGUCUACAGUUUGCAGGGGAUCACACACCACAGACAGUUAUGGAGGCUGCUGUGUGGGAGGUUGAUCUGUCUGGAUGUAAAGGACACGUUCUGCAGCAGUCUGCUCAUCUACAACUUUCGCAUUUUCGAGAGGCGGUUCGGCAGUCGCAAAUUCACCUCCUUCCUGUUUGGAACCUGGGUUCUGUCUGGAUUUCUGGACUUCCUGUUAGUCAAGGCCGUUCACUUCCUGUUUGACCUGCAGGUGGACGUGCUGCCAGCCGGACUGCUUGGUCCAGUCUUUGCCCUCUUCGUGCCUUUCUUCUGUUCCAUCCCUCGUGUUCAGGUCACUCAGUUGGUGCGCUACAUCUCGAUCAGCAACAAGUCUCUGGUGUACAUUGUGGGCCUGCAGUUGCUGACCUCCAGCACGUACAUGUGGGUUGUAGCUCUUAGCGGAUUGGUCUCAGGCAUGCUGUACUACACUAACGUGAUGGCUCUCCAGCAGUUCCUGUGUGUACCGCAGUUGUUGGCACGCUGCAGCUCUCGGCUCCUGGAGCCUGUGUUCUCGGGCACAGAGCCACGUGCCGAAGCUCCAGUGGGGAUGGGAGCCACGUUGGACAUCCAGCGACAGCAGCGCAUGGACAUGCUGGACCAACAACUGCUGCUCUCACAACUGGCCCAGCUCAGGAGAAAUGCCCAGCAGCCACCACCACAGCAGCAGGGCGGACUCCUCGACCGAUUCUUCCCAGGUCUGCGACAAAGAGGUCAAAAUGUCAAUCACAUGCAGCCGCAAUCAGUGGACACACCAGUGGCUGAGGAACAGGUGGCAAGGCUGAUGGAGAUGGGUUUCUCCAGAGUGGAUGCCCAGGAAGCUCUCCGAGCAUCCAACAACGACAUCAACAUGGCCACCAACUUCCUGCUCCAGCACUGAGGCUGAGCAUCACAGGGCGAAGCAGAGGGCGGAGGAGACGGAAACGGAGCUGCAGCGACUGGAAAACACGACACGCGGACCACCACCACGUUGGAAAACUGGAAAAGUAAAGAACUCUCUGAAGCUUGUGCUGUCACGUCCUCUUAAAUUGCUCUGUGAUUGGGUGAUGAGGAGCUGCUGAAGCUGCUGCUGUUGCUACCGUUUCCUGCCGACUUCAGCAGAAUAAAGCCAAGACGGUGACGGAGGACGGCGCAGCGUUCUCUCAGGGCUUGUGUUCUCUAGCCUCGUUGUCCCUCUACAACCUCAGCACUGCACAUUCUUAUUAAUAAGCCCGGGUGGUGCCGAUAAUGAUGAUGAUGAUGAUGAUGAUGAUGUGAAAGCUAUGUGAUUGAAGAGUCUUAAAAGGAAAUCAAGGCCUAAAAGACUCAUAUUUAGACAUAAUUUUGGACUAAUGUGUUUGAAGAAUUUUACAUUCAUGGGACUAUAAAAAAUAAUUACUAUUUGCACAAUUUUUCCUUCGCCAUGUUUCAUAGUUUUGGGCAGGAGGCUAAUGUAGACAUGUAAUAGAAGUCAAAGUCACCCAAAAUCUUUUUGGAGUUAGCCCACCCUUUGCAGCUAUAACAGCUUCAACUCAAGGUCUGGCUCUCAGUCUCCGCUCUAAUUCAUCCCAAAGGUGUUCUAUCAGGUUGAGGUCAGGACUCUGUGAAGUUCCUCCACACCAAACUCACUCAUCCAUGUCUUUAUGGACCUUGCUUUGUGCGCUGGUGUGCAGUCAUGUUGGAACAGGAAGGGGUCAUCCCCAAACUGUUCCCACAAAGCUGGGAGCAUGAAAUUGUCCAAAAUGUCUUGGUAAGAAGCUGAAGCAUUAAGAGUUCCUUUCACUGGAACUAAGGGGUCGAGCCCAACCCCUGAAAAACAACACCUGAAUUCAGUGAUUUGGAGGGGCGUCCCAAAACUUUUGGCAGAAUAGUGUAUCUUUUACCCAGUGAGGUAUGUAGUGUACCAUUAAUGCUUUCAUUAAGUGGUCUAUUUCCAGCUGAAAAUGAGUACAAAACAAAGGUCACACACUCUUCCCAAAUCUGCACAUCCCAAAGUUUGAAAAAAGAUUUUGACACAAAAGUCUGGUUAUUGUUGUGAAUAUACAUUGAUCAGGCAUAACAUUAUGACCAGUGAGAGGUGCCGUGAAUAACACUGUUGAUCUCCUCAUCAUGGCACCUGUUAGUGGGUGGGAUAUAUUAGGCAGCAAGUGAACAUUUUGUCCUCAAAGUCGAUGUGUUAGAAGCAGGAAAAAUGAUCUGAGCGAGUUUGACGAAGGGCCAAAUUGUGAUGGCUAGACCACUGGAUCAGAGCGUCUCCAAAACUGCAGCUCUUGUGGGGUGUUCCUGGUCUGCAGUGGUCAGUAUCUAAAAAACUAUAGAUCUUAGAACUUACAGGAUUUAAAGGAUCUGCUGCUAACAUCUUGGUGCCAAGAUGGACCUGAAAGGGUCAGGGCUGUUUACAAUACAAUAUUGGUCAUAAUGUUAUGGCUGAUCGGUGUAUAGCGGUAGAGUAAAUGUAAUGUUGAAGCUGAACAAUAUUGAAGCAUGAAGAUUUGGGUUUGUAUUUACGGAAAUGAUACUGGGUGACAAACCUACAUUAUUUGCUACAUUAUCCUCAUAGCAGAGAGAGAGAGAGAAGCAGAUAUGUUCUGCUAAAAGAGGAAUCGUGUACAUUUUGUUCUUCACCAAACAGUCCCUUGAAAACAAAGCCUUUGGAAUAAUGGAUAUGUUUUCAAGGGCUCUCUUAUCGUUGCUGAUGUGACAUAACCAGCCUGAUGAUAAUAAUUAGCAUGUAAUUAUUCAAUAUUAAUUAAUAACCAUUUAAUCAACCCAAAAAUCUCUUCUGUAACCAUCCGCCUCACACCACGACCAGUUCAUUAGAAAUAUCAGUCUCUUAGGCCUCACCUUCCGAAACUUGGUGAUAUUUUACUAGAAAUCUUGAACUUUUAGAUUAUAAAUUUAAAGUCUACUGUUUUUAUAAGAUCAUAAAUUUGUCAAGAGCACUUAGAAAUGUCAAAGCAACGCCUGGACACAUUCAUGCAAAAGACUUUGGGGUGAAAUACAUCAUCUCUAAUUAAUAAAAACGACUAAGGAAGAAAA